AUGCGAGCAUAUCUGAUUGCAAAGGCUCAUGAGCAGGCCGAUCUCAUUCCAAAUAACUCGACCCAGAGCACACUUCAGCGUGUGCAACUGCCAACACCGGUAUUAUUCGACGACUACUACACCAGCUCCAUGUGGAUUGUGGACGAGAUUCAGUGCUUACAUGCGCUCAUUGUGAGAAGUAUCCGUCGUCUACUGAACGUGCUGUCAGCGACAGCUUCUGAGGCACGCCUCGAAGUGGCGUCUCUACUGCACAAGUACCACUGCCUCCUGUUCCAAGACGCACCCACCAAAGCACACAAAGCUAUGGUGGGUUUUAGCCGGUGGCUGGCAGACGUGCUUGCUGGCACGAACUCAGAAGGCGCUGGAGGUGUCCCGACGCACAGUGAGAAGGCCUGGCUCGCCCUGAAACAGCAGUAUUUGAACAAUCUCGGAGGUCAAGGUGCUUUUGCUUUCGACAAGGCAACUACCGUUCAGCUGCUGAAGACAGCUUGCGAGUACUACAUGGCGUGCUGUGACCGCCUUCAAAAAGUCAACUCGGGGCUUGUGUCGCAGCUAGCUGAAUUGAAGACGCAGCUGCAAAGAACUCUGAUCUCUGCAUAUGAGUCACAGCACGCUCUAGAGCGCGAGCGAGAGGUAUCUGCUCUGCAAGCUCGACAUCUUGUGACGGCACUACAAACCAGGGACCACCUGUUGCUACCACGGUCGCGCUGUGAGCACCCGGUCCGACUGCACCAGCAAACCGUGUUUGAUGUGGCAGGCACGGUAAGCUUGGCUCCGCAAGAUGUCAGUGAGCAGGCGUCAGCUUGUGAAUCGAGCUUCAAUAUCUCCGAGCACGACAAAGAGCUGGAAGUAGCGACACUGGACCAAGAGGAAGAGGUGAUGUCUCCGCGACUAGGCGUAGACAGGCACGUCUUACCGGAACGACAAGAGGCGCUUCCGGGGCAGCAGGAGUGGGAAUGUGCGACUUCUCCCGUUGCCAUGUACGAGCUCAGCCUCAAUUCCACUGAUUGGGACUACAAGCAGCUUACCGAAUUGCGAUCAAGUGGAGAAAAGCACGGCAGGUGGUACAGCUACGCACUGCGCACGCUGAACAAUGCGCGCAAGCAGAAGAAACACCUCAAAACCCAAGCGUGUGGUGCUGACGGCCGCCCCGUGAACAUGUUUACGGCGAGUGCCGUUUGCAAAGAGGCCAAUACCAAUGAGUUCACGCAACUCGUUUCUACUCGAGUCCCCGCCGAGGACGGAGAAGACAAGACAUGGUACCGCCGUACGCUACAGCAGCUGACAAACGAGCGCCAACACCGUCUGAGUCACCGCUAUCGAGCUGAUUCGUUCUGUUCGACUAUUUCGAUUGUCGAUUAG